CGCACUCAUUCGUGUCUCUCGACCACAACCGUGUGCAUAUACUGACCAAGGGGAACAUGUCGAAACCGCUCACUCUCGCACGUUUGGAGGAUCUGACGCUGGGCGCGUUUGCGUUCCUGCCGAGGUCGGAGACUUUGGACCACCUCGUCAGGUUCCUGAGCACCUGGAGCGGCAGCGACAAGUUCUUUAUGCUUGUUCAAUACACUGUCAAGCUCUUGGUGCCGUUCUUGAAAUGGCGCGCCCGUCUGCAGCACGGUGCGGGGCUGCGAAAGGCACCCGUUAGCCCGUCGGCCGAUAGGCUCGGGAAACUUGGUAGCAUCAUUAGUGAUGCCAGGAUGCUUUUCAGACUGUGGGGCCUUCUCCCCAUUUACCAGUGGAUGACUACUCUGGAGCGCAGCCCGUCGCCUACGCGCAAGCUGCGUACCAUCGAGCGCCUACAGGGCUGGUCUAUGCUCGGGUACUAUCCCCUAGAGCACCUCUACUACCUGCUGUCGCACGACAUCAUCCCCGACAAGAUCACCCUCCCCUCUCUCACCGCUUUCGUCCCCUUCAUCCGGACGCGCCCUAGCACGAAGCACAUCCCUCUCCAGCUCGGCACGCUCGGCCUGUGGUCGACUCGCUUCUGGGCCGCCUAUGUCUUCCUGCAGCUCGCCCACUUGCGCGAGGACGAAAAGCUCCUCCGUGUGCGGGCACGCACCCUCGCGAAGACCAAGACCGGCGCGUCUGCCGCGGAGAAGGCGGAGCUCAAGCAGCGCAAGAAGGCGCUCACGAGCGAGCUCAUCGUCAACUUGGCUUAUCUGCCGCAGACCCUCCACUGGUCAACCGAAAAGGGCAUUUUCGAGAACGAGGUGUGGCUGGACAUCUGCGGGCUCGUUGCGGGCAUUGCCUCCUGGAAGAGCGGCUGGGAGGCGACCGCACUCAAGCCUGCGCCCAGUCUCGCGGACAUGCCUCCUAUGGAGCCGACGGAGGAAAAGCUCGCACCCCAUUUCGACGAUCCCCUGAAGGAUUUGAUGGAGGAGCCGUCCCUGGGCGAUAUGUAGGCGUGGUGGACCGGGGAUAGGAUGCAGUGUGUCGUGUAUGUGGGUCGACGGGCGUGCCGGUGGCUCGAGAACGGCUCGUACGGCGGCUCUGCGCGGCGCUUUGGCUCCCCUUGAGACUUCCAUUUGGGCGUGUAGGAACGUGUAUCAGGUCGGUUCGUGCAUGUCUUGAUGUACUGCCUCUGAAACCGCGGUGUUUAGGGAACGUAUUUACUAAUUUCUCUACCUCGAGGGUGCGUUUAUCUGAUGC